UAAAUUCACUUCAUCUCAGAAUACCGCUGAAAACAACACACGAUGGGCAAAGAUUCUGAGAAAGGAGAGUACGCCCCUCCGGAGGGCUCUCACAUCUGGGAAUAUAUCUCUUCUGCUUUCAUCGCGAUCUUGGCUUUCACCUUUGGCCAACUGAUGGGAUGGAAUGCGCCCAGCUUGGCGGAACUCAAGGCUCCAAAUUCGACAUUCCAGAUCACAGAUUCACAGGAAUCCACAUUGGCGGCUUCACUGGCGAUAGGUCAAGCAUUGGCACCCCCAUUCGGCAUUUUCAUAUUCCACAGAAUUGGCAGUAAAACUGGUAUACUGAUUUCCACGAUCCCAGUAGCCUUAAGUUGGAUCAUGAUUCUACUGGCCAAAAAUAUUUCGGUCUUAAUUGCCGCGAGGAUAUUAGCCGGAUACGGGGUGGGUCUAUCGAUGUGCGUAUUUCCCAUCUACACCGGUGAAAUUUUAUCCAAACAUUUACGCGGCUCGCAGGGCGCUGUCACAAUAGUCAUGUUCAACGCUGGGCUGUUAUUCAUUUUCGCAACCGGACCAUACUUGGGAAUUAAAAUAUCGGCAUGGAUCGGCUUAACGUUGAAUAUAAUCUUCUUCGUCAGUUUCUGGUUUGCCCCGGAGUCCCCGUAUUUUCUCGUCAAAGUUGGCAAGAUUGAGGCAGCUGAAGCAGCCCUCGAAAAACUUCGUGGCAAAACGGACGUGACGGAAGAGAUUGAACUGAUCAAAGCCACAAUCAAAGAUAAGGGAAUAUCUUUGCAAGAUAAAAAAAUAAGUGAAAAAAGUGUUUCUUCGGGAAAAUGGAAUGCCGUCGUGCAACUUUUCACAAUUCGUGGAAAUAUCAAGGCUUUCGGUAUUUCAAUGAUACUCGCGGUAAUGACACACUUCUCUGGAUUCUCGGGGUUAAUGUCCUUCUGUCCUCAUAUUUUCAAGGACAUGGGUUCUAACAUGGAGGUGAACAACAGCGUAACAUCUUUUGGUGUGAUUCAAAUGAUCAGCGGCAUCAUAACCAUCGGCAUUGUCAAUAGGAUCGGCCGCAGGCCAAUAUUCUUCAUCUCAACCGCAGUAACUGCAUUUUGCCUUUCUGUAAUCGCCGUUUACUUUUUUCUCUUGGAUCACAUGGAAGUGGACGUCAAACCAUACUAUCUAAUCCCGUACGCCACUAUCUUCCUUUACGUAAUGGCUGUGAACGUCAGUUGCAUCACUAUUCCCGGGAUCAUAAUGUCCGAGAUAUUCGCCACUGACGUCAAGGCACUCGCCUCCUGCAUAUACGCCAUGAUCGGUGGAUUGAUAGGAUUCCUUACUGUCAAGGCUUACAUGUUGACUUACAAGAUUUGGGGUCUGGGUCAUUCAAUGCCGUUUUUCAUUUACGCCUUAGUCACGGCCAUGUGCGCAAUACCUCUCGUGCGUCUGCUUCCUGAAACAAGAGGCAAAACUUUCUUGGAAAUUCAAAAGAAGCUGAAUGCUUAAUCCACUCUAUAAAUGACAAAUAAAAGUAACCGAAGCAAUUCUCCUUGUUUCGCAAUAGACCAGUUGUACGUCUAGAAAUCGUAAUUCGUAAUUCACUAUUGCUCUGAAAUAAUAUAUUUGUUCACACUUCAAUCUAUGAUAUCCUAUGAUUGAAAUGGACAAUGCGAAUUAACGUUUCUUUGACGUUACUCCAUUCAUAAAACUGUUAAUACAAGCGUUUGUGACCGGAGUGAAGAGCGGCGAAUUAGAUGAAAUUACACAUCACUGGAAACUAUAUAUUUUAGGUCAAGGAAACGACCACAGAAGUUUAAUCAGGAUCCAUGAUCCCGACGCAUGUUACUCUCCUUGUGAGUUGACUCUUUUUUUUUUAUUUUCAAUAAACUUGAUGCCUG